AUGCCUCGUGAACGUCUCACUACAGAACAUGUGUUGGCAGAGUUUGAACGUGUGAUCCAAUCCAAUCGCCAUUUUCAUCUCAACGAUAGUGUGGAUGUUCAUGUGGAAAUGCCCCACGGUGGUACAGGUAUGAAGCGAGCUGAGAUUAAUUUGGAAAAUCAUUUAAUGAAGAAAUGCUCAAUCAUACGGAUCUGGAACAAUGAUCAACUUCGUUUGGCGAGGGCUUUGGUCGUUGCUAAAGCCAAAAUUGAUAACGAUCCCCAGUAUACGAGCAUUGUUGAUCAUCGGAGGGCUAUGCAAACCCGUUUGGCUCGUGAAUUACAUAAAAAAGCUGCCGUCUCUUUGGGUCCUUGCGGUUUGGAUGAAGUCAAGCGGUUUCAGACGUACCUUUCCGAUUAUCAAAUCAAUAUUGUGUCCAAAGAUCAUCAGAACGCUCUUAUUUAUAUUGGUCCCGAUCAAGAGAAGAGAAUUUAUCUGUUCCUUUACGAUAAUCAUUACGACGUCAUUACCAAAAUGCCAGGGGUUUUCGCUCGUAAAAAGUAUUGCCAUACAUGCAAGAAAGCUUAUGAUCAUCGAGAAGAUUACCUAUGCCCGAAUGCCUGUCCAUGUUGUCGUUUUCCCGACUGUCCCGUUGAGUCCUGGGUUCGCUGCAAUGACUGUAACCGAAUGUUCAAAAGUCAAGCAUGUUUUGAUCGGCAUAAACAGUCUAGUAACAAAUCGAUCUGUGCGACGAUGGUUAAGUGCUCGGAGUGUCAUAGAAUUAUCAAGCGCUAUAAAAGAGAUUCGCAUCAUUGCGGUAUGACAAAGUGCCCAAUAUGUAACGAGUAUACCCGGCCUGGCAACCAUCAAUGUUACAUGCAACCCGUGGAAAAACGAAACGAAAGUUUAUCGGACAGUGACGAUUCGUCUGAGCACCCUGAGGAUGAUGUUACGGAAGGCGGGUACGACCAAAUGUUAUUCUUUGAUUUCGAGUGUCGUCAGGAAAAUGGAAAUCAUGAAUGAACCCAAUUUAUGCGUGAUUCAGAACGAAGCUGGUGACGAAUGGGUAUUUGAAGGGGAUAACACAUGGAACGAGUUUUGUGAAUGGUUAUUUCAAAAAGAACGGUCAAACAGUGUGGUGAUGGCCCAUAAUUUCCAGGGGUACGACAGUUACUUUAUUCUGCAAUACUUACGGGAGAACGGUGUCAAGUACGAUGUCAUCGUGCGCGGUGCCAAAGUGCUUUCCUUAUCUGUGGGCAUGUUUAAGAUCAAAUUUAUCGAUUCCCUGAACUUUAUCCCGAUGAGAUUAGCAGAUUUUCCAAAAACCUUUGGCAUAGACGAGCUGGCAAAAGGGUACUUUCCGCAUCUUUUCAACAAGAAAGAAAACGAAAAUUAUGUGGGACCGAUCCCACCCACUCCCUACUACAAUCCGAACGGAAUGAGUCCUGCAGCGGAAACGUUUUUACGUUGGCAUAAGAAUUUGAAAGACAAUGAUUACGUGUUCAACUUCCAAGAGGAAAUUCUCGCGUAUUGUCGUUCCGAUGUGGAUAUUCUGCGACGCUGUUGCUUGGAAUUUCGCUAACUGUUCCGUGACGUUACUAAAAUCGAUCCCUUUGAGAAAUGCCUUACCAUUGCGUCCGCGUGUAAUCUAGUGUAUCGGACCAAUUACCUUGAAGAGAACACCAUUGCCAUCAUCCCACCACGUGGUUACUGUCCCGAAAACAAACGGUCCCUUCUUGCACAAAAAUGGUUAUCGUAUACGGCCGAACAAAACAAGAUCUACAUACAACAUGCUCGCAAAUGCGGAGAGAAACGUGUUGGUCCGUAUUUGCUGGACGGUUAUCAUGAAGAAACCCGCACGGCCUAUGAAGUCCAUGGAUGUUUCUGGCAUGGUAAGUGUUUGAAUAAACGCCUCCCUCGUAUAAACGCCCCCUUAGAAUAGUAUUUUAGAAUAGUAUUUUUGUUUAUUUCUUACAGGAUGUAUAAACUGUUACGCUCGUGAUACAAUGAACCCUGUCAAAGGUAAAACCAUGCACGAUCUUCAUCAAAAAACCGUGGAAAAGAUACAGUAUUUGAAAAAUCAAGGCUACAACGUGGUAGAAGUUUGGGAAUGUAGAAUCAAUCGGGAAUUGGCAGAUAAUGAAGACAUGAAAUAUUACUUUGAUCAGUAUGAUGGAGUCGAUCCCUUGGAACCUCGUGAUGCCCUAUACGGAGGACGAACCAACACGUCGAGACUUUACCAUGAAUGUAAUGAUGAUGAGAAAAUAAGGUAGGGAGAAAACAUUUCUGACAUUAUGUUUUACUACGUCAUGUAUGACGUCAUGUCUUACGUCAUUCUAGAUAUGUGGAUUUUACAAGCCUUUAUCCCUGGUGCAAUAAAAUGACGCGAACGGUUGUGGGACAUCCGCGCAUCAUCACCGAUAACUUUGACGGCAUUUCCACCUAUUUUGGUCUGGUCAAAUGCACAGUGCUUCCACCUCGAGGUUUGUUCCACCCUGUUCUUCCUUAUCGCACCCAGGGCAAGUUGAUGUUUGCGCUUUGCAUGACCUGUGCCGAUGCCUGUAGCCAGACUACCUGCAGCCAUGCCAACCGUGAAAGAGCCAUUCAGGGUACAUGGUGUAGCGUGGAGCUGGAGAAAGCGCUGGAGAAAGGUUAUCAAAUCGUACAGAUUCAUGAAGUGUGGCACUUUCCCGAAACCUCGGAUGACCUGUUCAAGGACUAUAUUGACACAUUCCUGAAAAUUAAACAGGAGGCGAGUGGGUACCUGAAAGAUAGUGUCACCGAAGAGCAGAGGCAGCACUACGUGGACGAGUACCUUGAAAAGUCGGGAAUCCAUUUAGACCCCCACAAGAUCGAAUACAAUCCUGGAUUACGUGCUCUGGCUAAACUGAUGUUGAAUUCGUUCUGGGGUGAGUACUAUGCUUUCAUCGAUAUAUUUUCGCUACAUGAUACUUAACAGUUUCUCCGUUUAGGUAAAUUUGCACAACGACCCAACAUGGUUAAAACCGACCAGAUAAAAGAUCCACAAGUAUUCUUUGACUACCUCACCUCUGAUGAGAUCAACGUGCUUGAUGCCAAUUUAGUGAGUGACGACAUCAUCGAAAUCCGAUACGAGUAUACAGACAAUUUUAUCAAACCCGAUGCGAAAACCAACGUGGUCAUUGCUGCUUUCAUCACCGCCUAUGACCGUCUCAAGCUUUACGGCGUGCUGGACAUGUUGCAAGAGAGAGUGAUGUAUUACGAUACCGACUCAGUGAUUUUUGUCAGCAAACUCAACGAACGCGAAACUCCCUGGGGCAACCAUCUCGACGAAUUAACCGAUGAAUUAGGAGGCGAAUACAUUAAUGUGUUUGCGUCAGGCGGUCCGAAUAUUAUUGCUACCGUUAUUGCUACCGUACGAAUAGUGGUAAAGUUGAGACCAAUGUGCGUGGAAUCACUCUAG